AUGUCUCGUCUACGCCAGGCCCUACAGCGCGUCCUUGGUGGAAAUGCAACACCAGGCGCAUUGCGCUCUCGAACCAUUGAUACCAAUUUCUCCAUUAUAAAAGAGGGAGACCGAGUUAUUUUACACGGCAAACAGCCCUCAUUGUCAAAAGCAUUGAAGCGAGGUGAAAAGCUCCAGACACCUCGCGGCGCAGUGGAACAUGAUAGCAUCAUUGGAAAACGGGUCUGGGACACGGUGCAGUCUCGCAAAGUAUAUACAGGCUUGAAUCUCCGAGUUAGUCUUCCGACAUUAGAAGAAUACGUCGCCCUGACUCCUCGCUUGGUCACUCCGAUCUAUCCACAGGAUGCCAACUUGAUUGCUUCCCUUCUCGACAUUCACGUCAAUACCCCUGCCGCUGGCGAAAUACAACCCACCCUAGAAAUUCUCGAGUCCGGAACAGGCCAUGGAUCCCUGACAUUACAUCUGGCGCGUGCCAUCCACGCCGCCAAUACCACUCCUCCGCCUCGUCCGUCGCGAUCCCAGAUCAACUACCUAGAAGGCCGUGUCAUCAGACCGAGCGAAAAGGAUACAGAACAAACAGAAGAUAAACCCGCCGAGCCAAUUGCAGACCCAGCACAGGAAGGAUGGGAUGCGUGGCGAGCACAGCGCAACGCCAUCGUCCACACAGUCGACGUAUCGCCGAAGUUCGCUGCGCUGGCCGAGAAAAAUGUCCGGGGAUUCCGUCGUGGAAUUUACGCAGGCAACGUUGAUUUCUAUGUGGGCCCCGUCGAAAACUGGAUCGCCCAGCAGAAGCAGCAGCGGAAAAAGACUGGCUUGGCUUCACUGACUGGGGGAAAUCCCACCGACCCGUUCCUUUCACACGUUAUUCUGGACAUGCCUUCCUCAAACUUGAGGAUCCCGCAUGUUACCCCGAUGUUGAAACGUGAUGGCCUUCUGGUGGUGUUCAUGCCUAGUAUCACGCAGAUUGGCGAGUGCCUCCAACUGAUCCGGGACCAGCGACUGCCCCUCGUUCAGGAGAAGGUGAUCGAACUCGGCUCUGGAAUCAGCGGCGGUCGUACAUGGGAUGUACGUUUUGCUACCAAAAAGUCUGGAGCCGACCCAUCGUCCUGGGCCACCCCUUCAGAUGCUGAGGUUGCUACUCCUGUUGAGGCCGACGAGCAGUCUACCGCCUCUGACAGUGCCUCUGAGGUGUCCACCGCAGAGGAGCCUCCGAAGGAAGGAGAAUCUGUCUUGGUCUGCCGGCCGAAGGUCGGAUUGCGUAUCCAGGGCGGCGGCUUCGUCGCAGUCUGGCGACGGAUCGAAGACCGUUAA